AUGUCAUAUUUAUCAUAUGAAAUAAGAGAUGGAGUAAGAGGAGGUCGUGAUUAAUUUAAAUGGGAUAAUGUUCGUUAGAUGACACAUAAAGAUAGAGAAUAAUAUUUAGGUCAAACCUUAAAAAUCGGAUUUUUGGAUAAAGGAGGAAAAUGGAGAAAAAAAGACUGGUAUUUAAAAUCAAAAGGACAAUAAUAAAAUGAAAUAGAUGAAAUAUAAUCACAAGACUAAAAAAGAAUACGAAUAGCCUUAGGACUUGAAAAAGAAGAUAAAAAUAAAAUAUUGACUGAAUAAGAAUAAAAGGAAUUAUUAAAUUAAAUCAAUUUCGGAGUUAAAAAUUCAUAAAAUUUAGAAGGAUAAGAUGAUGAGGAAGAAAACGAAUAAUAAGGAAUUGGAUUUAAAACUAAUGUAGCUGAUUUGCAAUAAAAAAAAUUUGAUAUUAAUAGAUUUUUGAAUUAUGAUCCGACUAAAUUAGAAGCAGUUAAUUUAGAAGAUGAUAAAUAAAAAAAAGAAAAGGUGGAAAAAGUUGAAAAAAAGAAAAAAAUUAAAAAGGAAAAAAAAUCUAAAAAAUAAAAAAAAAAAUCUAAAAAGAGUAAAAAUGACAAAAAAAAACAUAAUAAAAAAAAUAAAAAAAGACAUGACUCUUCAAAUUCAAAUUCAGAUGAAGAUUGA